AAAUCUCUUCAACUGAUUGUUCACUAGCAAACCUGAUUUACUUCACGAAAAUGAGAAAGGAUUAGGCAUCUGAUGCCUAGACUUUGAUUGCUUCAUGGAUUUCUAUAUCUACUAAUGACGUUCAAUUGAUAGGGCAUAUGCUGUGGAGCUGUCGUUGGAUUGGCAUUCUAUGAUUCUCUGGACUCGUCUAUUUAGCUUUGGAAGCUUGAACUUGUAAAAAUGUUUGGGUUUUCUCGAAGGCGGUUGAAACUUGGGAGGNUGAAAGUCCAGCUUUCAGAUUCUACUGAGGGGACAAGAAGUCCUAUAAGAUCUACCAAACGCCUCAACCAUUCAAAUGGAGAAAGUGCUGCACCUGCAAGCAGUCAUUGUGAYGAACUUAAACGCCAGUGUUCUGGGCCUGAAAUUGACAACUGCACAUCAGGGAACUCUGAGAAUUGGAUGGUGUUGUCAACCAUAGGAGACAAGCCUGAACCCAGAUUCAAUCAUGCAGCAGCUGUAAUUGGGAGCAAAAUGAUAGUGGUUGGUGGUGAAUCAGGUCAUGGAUUGUUAGAAGAUGUACAGGUACUUAAUUUUGAUAGAUUUACCUGGACUACUGCUUCAUCAAGGCUUUACUUGUCACCAAGUAGUCUGCCACUGAAAAUCCCUGCAUGCAAAGGUCAUGGUCUGGUUUCUUGGGGGAAGAAGGUACUCCUUAUUGGAGGAAAAACUGAUCCAGCAAGUGGUAGAGUUUCAGUGUGGUCUUUUGAUACAGAAACUGAGUGCUGGUCACUUAUGGAAGCAAAAGGAGAUGUUCCGGUUGCUCGCAGUGGCCACACUGUGGUCAGAGCAGGUUCUGUGUUGAUCCUUUUUGGGGGUGAAGAUUCCAAAAGGAGGAAACUAAACGAUCUUCAUAUGUUUGAUCUGAAGUCUUUGAUGUGGCUUCCUCUUCAUUGCACAGGAACAGGACCAUCUGCAAGAUCCAAUCAUGUUGCUGCUCUUUAUGAUGAUAGAAUUCUUUACAUUUUUGGAGGGGCAUCAAAGUCUAGGCCUCUGAAUGAUUUGUACUCACUUGAUUUUGAAACAAUGAUAUGGUCAAGGAUUAAGCUUCGAGGUUUCCAUCCAUCACCUAGAGCUGGAUGCUGUGGAGUUUUAUGUGGAACUAAAUGGUAUAUUGCGGGGGGUGGAAGCAGGAAAAAACGACAUGCGGAAACUUUUGUCUUUGAUGUCCUAAAAGUUGAAUGGUCUGUGGCAGUAGCAUCACCUCCUUCUUGUAUUACUACCAACAAAGGAUUUAGCCUAGUACUUGUGCAACACAAGGAAAAGGCUUUUCUAGUUGCAUUUGGGGGAUCUAGAAAGGAGCCAUCAAAUCAGGUGGAGGUAUUGAUGAUGGAAAAGAAGGAAGAGCCCAUUGCUAGGCAAUCUAAACCCGAUAAAGGCCUUGGCCCAUUGUUGAUUCAAAAUUGCUCAAGCACCACAAUGUUAGCUUCUCAACUUAGUAGUGGUGUUUCUCCAUGUCCAGUUGAUUCUGUUGCCAGACAAAAUUUAGCAUCUGCCUUGGAGCACCAUGGCUCUGGCCGAAAAUCUAUUUCGAAUUGCUUACAUGUCGACCCAAAUCCAACCACUGGCAAUAUCUCACUUUACAAGCAAUUUCACAAUGAGGAAGAAUUCAACAUGUCUUUUAAAAUGCUGAAAAAUCUUGAAGAUGAAAGUUCUUCCUCACAGUUUCAUGUAAUGAAGCAGAGAGCCAAGGCACUGGAUAUGGGAGUUCAGACUGAUAUUGCUGGAAUUGCAGGGGAAACACCAUUUGUCUUUGAUUCUGGAAAUUCAAAACUUCAGAAGCAAGCAAGUGCAAACCUUCUCUCUGAAAAUGAUGAGAUUGUAAUCAUGGAAACUGGUGAUAAAUCAGUUCCUUCAAAUGUGUCUCAACUGUACGAGUCCAAAAUGGCUGCCCUGAUAAAGAAGAAUGGGAUCCUAGAAGGACAGUUCGCAGCUGCAUCAGCAGGCUGUGAAGCUGCUGAAAAAAAUUUAUCUUCUGUCAUCAAGAGUAGACAGGACAUGGAGAAAAAGCUAGCUGACACAAUAAAGGAGGUGGAAAUUCUAAAAGAGAAGCUAGCAGGUGUCGAGCUUGCACAAGAAGAGGCCAACAGCCUAUCAAAUAUUGUCCACUCGGACAACGUAAGGCUUGAGCAUGAUGUGGCUUUCCUCAAGGCAAUUUUGGAUGACACUCAGAAGGAGCUGCACUCAACAAGGGGAGUUCUAGCAGGAGAAAGGGCAAGAGCAUUCCAGCUACAGGUGGAAGUUUUUCAGCUCAAACAAAGAUUGCAGACUGUCGAGAAUCAAGCACCAACUCCCAGGAAACCAUUUCACAUGUAGGGUUUGGACAGUGAUACACACCCGUUCAACCUACCCAAUUGCGGAGAGACAUAUUUGUUAGCAGAAUGCAUGUAUGUAUCUCCUGCAUCGACAUUUUAUCUGUAUUGUAUCCUGUAGGGAUAAACCUGUAUAUAUUCAAAAUGUACUUUAUAGAUUAUAAAAUAGCAUUCCUAGUGAAAACUGCUAUGUUCCAUAGCUA